AUGUGGCUUUGGCAACUAUAUAACUCCACUUCAAGAGCCUUUACUCAAAUAGCUUGUUACACUGUCAAAGAUCUUGUACUACUCUUUAAUUUAGAACUUUGGGUGGGCUCUAUCAAUACAGGAUGUGAAUUUAUAUAUAAUUGGAUUGGGCCUAUUACAGAUUUCUAG